AUGGGGCCGUGGCGGUGGCUGCUGCUCUGGUGCUGGCACACGGCGCUGCUCCGUGGCCAGCGGCCGCAGGACAGCCCCCCCCGGCCGGAGGGGUGGUCCCCGGCUCCAUCACCCCCCCGGGUGCCCACAGCGGAGCCGGGGGACGCCGAGGGCUCUGCGGCGGCUCUGGCGUUCCUGCGGACGGGCGAUGAGCGGCUCCUGGCCCGAGCCAACUGCAGCCGGGGGGUCCCGGCGGCGGCCGCGGGGCUCGGGCCCCCCCCGGCGCUGCGGGCUGCGCUCCGCGCCGCCCCCGAGGCCCUGGCCCAAGCCGCCAACUUCCUCAACAUGCUCCUCCAGACCAACGACAUCCGCGAGGCCAGCGUGGCCGAGGAUGUGGAGUGGUACCAGGCGCUGGUGCGCAGCCUGGCCGAGGGGCACCCAUGGGUGCGCAGGGCGGUGCUGGCCCUUGAUGCUCACCCGCUGGCCGCCAAGCCCCGGCUGAUGCUGCAGGCGACCAAGGGGGAUGGUCAGAUCCUGCUCCAGGAUGUGUCCGCUGCUGCUGCUCCAAGCCUCGGGAACCUCAGCUGGGACAACGAGUGGUUCAAUGCGCUCAGAUCCCAGCGGAGCCCUGCCCUCCGCAAGAGGGUGCUCAGCAAUGACCUGCGCAGCAUGGAGACCCCCAAGUGGCAGCGGGGUGACAGCUACGUGGGGGACCCGAGCCAUGUGCGGUGGUCCCUUCCUUUCCUCGAGUGCCGGGAUGGCCGAUUCCUGCCUGUCUGGGCUGUCACGCUCUCCACUGCUUUCUAUGGGCUCAAGCCAGACCUCAGCCCUGAGUUCAAGGGUGUCGUGCGGGUGGACAUCGAGCUGCGGGACGUGGCCAUUGACCAGUGUGCCAGUGGGCCGGGCUGGUUCGCAGACACGCACCGCUGCGACCUCAACAGCACCCAGUGUAUCCCGCAGGAGAGCCGCGGCUUUGUCCUCGGGAGGUACCUGUGCCGGUGCAAGCCGGGCUUUUAUGGAGCCAGUGGAGCAGCCCAGGCAGGCACAGUGGGGGCAGACGAGGGGUCCCUGUUGGGAUGCCGGCCCUGCCGCCAAGGAUGCUCCACCUGCGAGGACGAUGCUCCCUGCCUGAUCCAGGAGGACCGGGCGCUGCGGGCGGCCGUGCUGUCCUGCCAGGCCUGCUGCAUGCUGGCCAUCUUCCUCAGCAUGCUCAUCUCCUACCACUUCCGACGGAGCAAGAGGAUCCGGGCCUCUGGAAUCAUCCUCCUGGAGACAAUCCUCUUCGGGUCCCUCCUCCUCUACUUCCCAGUGUUCAUCCUGUACUUCAAGCCCAGCAUCUUCCGCUGCAUUGUCCUGCGCUGGGUCCGCAUGCUCGGCUUUACCAUCGUCUAUGGCACCAUCACCCUCAAGCUGUACAGGGUGCUGAAGGUGUUCCUGUCCCGCACGGCCCAGCGGGUGCCCUAUGUGUCGAGCAUGCGGGUGUUGAAGAUGCUGGGGCUGAUCCUGGUCCUGGUGCUGUGGUUCCUGGCAGCCUGGACCAUUGGGAUGCUGGAGAACGUGGACAAGAACAUCCCACUGGUGAUCCGCACCCAGACUGCCGGUGGCCUCCACUUCUACAUCUGCGGCCAUGACCACUGGGACUACAUGAUGGUGAUUGCUGAGCUGCUCUUCCUGCUGUGGGGCAGCUUCCUGUGCUUUGCCACGCGUGCUGUGCCCUCUGCCUUCCAUGAACCCCGCUACAUGGGCAUCGCACUGCACAAUGAGCUCAUGAUCUCAGCCACCUUCCAUGUGGUCAGGUUCAUCAUGGUCCCCUCACUGCAUCCUGACUGGACACUGCUGCUCUUCUUCGCUCACACCCACAGCACCAUCACCAUGACCCUGGCGCUGCUCUUCAUCCCGAAGUUCCUGCACACGGGCUCGCCGCUGAGGGAGGAGAUCACAGCUGAGGUCUAUGAGGAUGAGCUGGACAUGCGGCGCUCGGGCUCCUGCCUCAACAGCAGCAUCACAUCUGCCUGGAGCGAGCACAGCCUCGACCCCGAUGACAUUCGGGAGGAGCUGAAGAAGCUCUACCGGCAGCUGGAGGUACACAGGAGGUGGCGGAUGGCAGCGCUCAACCCUCACCUCCCCAAGCAGCGCAGCACCCGCCGCAGCCUGGCUCGCUCCAUCACCCGCCGCAGCAGCAGCACCCGUGGGUCCUCGGCCAAGCAGCUCCUCAAUGCGGGUACCACCACCCUGAGGAUGCAGGAUUAUGGCUCCCGCAGCACUGAGGGGGUCCAAGGGGGUUCGCCCAUCCCUGCUCCCCCCCAGGAGCCUGUGCCGGGGAGGAAGAUGAUGGUGACAGCAGCCUCGGAGCAAUCUGACAGCGAGUCCCUUGAUGCUGCUCCACUCAUGUACAAGUCAGCCAGUGCCCAGAACCUGGUGGGGCACGGGCAGCCCCCCCUGCCCCGUGCACCCCCCUUGCACAAGUCACUCAGUGUGGUGGCCGGGGCGCAGGAUGAAGCCCUGCUCGCUGCCAGCCGUGCUGCAUGGGGGAAGCAACACAUGGAGCAUCCGUUCACCCUGGCCUCAGGGCACCCCACGGCACAAGGACCCCCCAAGGAGGCUGGGACGCCCCAAAGCCCUGAUGCUGUCCCCAGCCCCACCGAGGGGUGCUCGCAGGAUGUGUCCCCCCUGGGUGAUGGCAGAGUGCAGAAACGCAUCACCUACGCGCCCAUCAAGAGCAUCAGCGUCGAUGGCUCCCAUCACCCAGGGCGGGUGCGGAUGGUGGUGGUGAGGAGAACCCCACCACGGCCCCCCGUGCGCUGCCAGAGCCUGGGGCUGCGGGGGACAGCGGCUGGGGACAGCCUGGGGCCAGCAGAGCCACCCAUGGGACCUCCAGCACGGGUGGGACAACCAGAGGGAAGAGCAGCAGGAAUGGAGGAGGAAGAUGCAGGGUCCCCAUCGCCUGCAGCAUCCAUCCCAGCACAGGUCUGUCCCUGGGAGCUGGUCCAGGAGGAGAUCCUGAGCCGGAGGGAAGGAGCCACCCAAGCAGCAGGGUCGGGGAGCACUGGUGACACAGCAGCUGCCCCCCCCCACAUCAAGACGUCCCUCUGGAGCCUGGGCCUGGCCAUCAAAGCCUUCAACCGCUCCAGAGGGAAAAGCAUCCCGAAGGGCAAGAGGGAGGGCAAGGGGAGCCUCAGGAAGAGGGGACAUGAGCAGGAAGGGGGCAGCAGGAGGGAGAGGCCAAGCUCGGCAGAGCCAUCGGCCGUGUCCCCUGCAGGGACCACGGGCUCUGAGCAGGUCUUUUGCCAACACAACAACAAUGCCAGGGCCGAUGGAGAGGAGCCGGGUGAGGAGCACGAUGCUCCCCAUGGGGAUGCAGAUGCAGAGCACAAGGUCCCAUCAAACUCUGGUCACCAAGAAGGAGCUGAAUGUCCCUAUGAGCCCCCGCUGGUGGUGGCCCAGCCCCAGCAAGGGGAUGAGGCUCCCGUGGUGCAGCCAGGGAAUGAUGCUCCUACGGCAGCACCAAAGGAAGGGCUCGAGGGUCCCAGUGGGUCCAUCCCCUACCAGGACCACACAGAGGUGGAGCAGCCACAGGCAGGAACCAUCGCAAGCAGCUCCCCCCCAUCCAUCAGUGAUGGGCAGAGAGCGGCUGCUGAGGAGCUGGAGGCUGGGAUUUGUCCCCAGGGAAGCCUGGAUGUCCCAGCAGGAAGCGUGUGCAAGGAGGAGGGCAGCAGCCACCCUGAGCCCCUUGGUUCCAGGGACGUUGGGAAGGUCCCUGCAAGGAGCCGGAGCGAGGAGAUGCCUGCAGUGGUCAGGCAGGCCCAGGUCUGUGUUAGAGCCAACCAGGCUGAUCCCAGCAUCAAAACAGGGAUCUGCCCCUGGGAGGAGCACAGGGGGGACCCUCAGCACCCCAGGGAAGAGCUGAGCAUGGAGAAAGCACCAGCAAACCCCUCCGAGCUGCUGGAGGGGCCUUGGGAGGGCAGGAGGGGCCAGGUUUGCCCAUGGGAAACCAUGGAACAGGGGAGCACCACGAGAGCACAAACCGGCCCCGGGGACACGGAGGGGGCUGAGCCGGAGCAGGAGGGGCAGGAAGCAGAGAGGAGACGGGUGGGUGAGUGGGGCAAGAGCAUCAGGGCAAGGUCCCUGGGGUUGGUGGGAGCUCCAGAGCCACCCAAAGCUGCUCCCAGCAGCUCUGAGCUGCCAGGAGGGAUCCCACCGAGCGCUCGGGCUUCGGUUUGUCCCUGGGAAGCGACGGGAGCUGAUGGUGAUGCAGGAGGGAUUUGCCCUUGGGAAGGGGGAGCAGCCGUAUCCAAUGCAGGGAAUGCAGAGGAUGGUGACGUUUCCCAAGGGGAGAACGGGAUUUCCCCCCGGGCAGCAGCCCCGGGGGGCACGGGAGGGAUGGGUUUGGCUGCAGGCAACGGGAGCACCCAGCAGGGAUGUCCCUAUCCCAGGGAUGGUGUGGAGCAGAGCAGCACAGGGCUGGCAGCAGGACACCCGGCUCUGCCCAAAGCCACAGCCAAGCAAGCAGGAGCCAUGGGCAGCAGCAAGGCCGAUGUUUGCCCAUGGAAAGCAGAGGCUGAGGUGCUCACCAAGGCAGAAAUCUGCCCUUGGGAAGAGCCUGAAGCUCCAUCGGGGAAGGACAGAGCAAGGCAGGACAUGUGUGGCCCUUCCAAAGGGGAAAACAAAGGGGCGACCAGAGGAGUGGAGGGCACCAAACCAAAGCUGGCAGAGGUGGGCGGACAUCAACCGGAGGGCAGGAGCAGCAGGAGCUUCACAAAUCUCAUCAGGAAAAGCAUGGGGAACUCAAAAGCCAAAUCCAAGAAAUCCCAGAGCGUGGAGAGCAUCAAGGAGGAAGUUUGUCCAUGGGAGAGCCCAGACAAGGAGCAGCCCACGGAGCAUCCCCGUGCCAGGAGCCCAGCAAUGCCCAGAGCACCUACGAGGGCAUCCCAAAGUGUGGAGAGCCUGAAGGCAGAGGUGUGUCCUUGGGAGGCUCAAUCCAUGGAUACAAGCCUGAAGGCAGAGGUGUGUCCUUGGGAGGCUCCAGGGGCUCAGUCCAUGGAUACAGCUGAGAUCUGCCCCUGGGAGGGGGCUGCAGCUCCAUCGGGUACAGAGGAAUCAAGGCAGGACAAGGAUGCUCUGUCCAUAGGGACUAAAACCCCCUCUCCAGGUCAAGGUGUCUGCAGAGAGACUGGAAAGAGCACAUCUGCAAAGAAAGAGAAAGCAAAUCCUGACCGUGAAUCCAUCUGUCCAUGGGAGAGCCUGGACAAGGAGCAGCCCAUGGAGCAUCCCCAUGCCUGGAGCCCAGCGCUGCCCAGAGCACCUACGAGGGCAUCCCAAAGUGUGGAGAGCCUGAAGGCAGAAGUGUGUCCUUGGGAGCAGGGCCCUGGGGGGGUGCCCAAGGGGGACAAGCGCAUCAGGCGCCAGGCAGCGCUGGCCAGCCCAGGGAGAGCCCUGGAGAGGGGCAGCAGCAAGCGAGAGGCUGUGUGUCCAUGGGAGAGCCUGGACAAGGAGCAGCCCAUGGAGCAUCCCCGUGCCUGGAGCCCAGCGCUGCCCAGAGCACCUCCAAGAGCAUCCCAGAGUGGGGAGAGCCUGAAGGCAGAGGUGUGUCCUUGGGAGGCUCAAUCCAUGGAUACAGCAGAGAUCUGUCCCUGGGAGGCAGUUGCAGCUCCAUCAGGUACAGAGGAACCAAGGCAGGACAAGGAUGCUCUGUCCAUAGGGAGAAAGAGACCCUUGACAAGGGAAGGUGCCUUCAAAGCGAUUGGACACAGCACACCUGCAGAGGAGAAAGCAAGUGUGGAGAGCCUGAAGGCAGAGGUGUGUCCUUGGGAGGCUCAAUCCACGGAUACAGCAGAGAUCUGCCCCUGGGAGGCAGCUGCAGCUCCAUCAGGUACAGAGGAACCAAGGCAGGACAAGGAUGCUCUAGAGACUGGGCACAGCAUGCCUACAAAGGAGGAGAAAGCAAAUCUCAACCGUGAGUCCAUCUGUCCCUGGGAAAGCCUGGACACAGAGGAGCAAUCCCUGAGAAUUGCAACAGGGAAAGAGCUGUCCAAGCAGUCCGACAGCACGGAGAGCAGGAAAGCUGAGAUUUGCCCCUGGGAAGCAGCAGAUCCCAGGGGCUCAGAGGAGGAAAUCCCACACGGAGCUGAUGGAGCAUCAUACCCUGGGAUGGGAGAGUCAAAGCCGGUGCUGGGAGCCAGCACCGUGUCUCCACCGAGGAACAAACCCAAGGGCAGACCUGGCAGUGAGGCCAAGCACAAGCCCCUGAGCCGCAUCCAGCCCCUGCAGAGCCCUGGGGCAGAGCUGCUGCCCUGGGGAGGGGGUUCAGCCCCUGGGGCAGGCAGCAGCCCCAGCCCAGCUGAGGUUUGUCCCUGGGAAGCAGAAGAGGCCCCAUCAGCAUCUGAGAAGACCAGCACAGACAGCAGGAAAACCUCAGCAGUGUGUCCAUGGGAGGUGCAGAGUGUGGCUGCCUCCCAGAGUGGAACCCAAGCUGAUGUCUGCCCUUGGGACCAUGAGUAGCCCCCUCUGGCCAGGGCCAUCAGCCAGGUGCAGAUAUGGUUUGCAUGACCAGAAGGUCUUGAGCUGAAGGCUGAUGCCCAGUGGCACAGCCCAGGCAAGGACAGAAGUGUCCACCAAAGCCAAUGGCAUGGCCACACUUCCAGUGGUCUCUGGUGGUGGCCUUGGGGACCAGUGCAGUGAGGGGACAAUGAACAUCUCCCCAUCAAGCUCUCCAGAUGGGUGAAAGCACCACCCAUCAUUUGUCCACAGGUAGGU